CUUAGAACUCAUUAGGCCCAGGCUCGCCCUAAAAACCCUAACUCUGUUCCAUAUAUAAAACAUUUCAAUCUACCACCAACUCGCGACCUUCAUAAUUCUCCUCAGAAGAAAAGCACAACCAAAAUGCCGGCGGGGCACGGUCUGAGGUCACGCACGAGGGAUCUGUUUGCCCGUCCCUUCAGGAAGAAGGGCCCGACUCAUCUUUCAACAUAUCUCCGCGCCUAUAAGAUAGGAGACUAUGUCGAUGUCAAAGUUAACGGGUCGAUACACAAGGGUAUGCCCCACAAGUUCUACCAUGGGCGCACUGGUCGAGUUUGGAACGUCACCAAGCGUGCUAUCGGGGUUGAGGUCAACAAGCAGGUUGGUAACCGAAUCAUACGGAAGAGAAUUCAUGUUCGUAUUGAGCAAGUUCAGCCCUCACGUUGCCAUGAGGAGAUACUUGAGAGGAUCAAGAAGAAUGAUAAGCUGAAGGCUGAGGCCAAGGCACAAGGUAAGAUUAUUAGCACCAAGAGACAGCCAGAGGGACCCAAGCCUGGUUUUAUGGUUGGGGGUGCAACUAUCGAGACUGUGACUCCAAUACCAUAUGAUGUCGUCAAUGAUCUCAAAGGUGGUUACUAAGGUUUUGAGCACUCAACUAAGUGGGGUAUUUCUUUGAAUUUUUGUGUCUGUUUUGUUUUUCUAGUGUCAGUUCAAUGUUGUCUUGUUCGUUGCACAUUUGAUUGACUCGGAAUUUCCGAAGUGAUAAUUUAAGUGGAACGAUAUCCGGUCUGAUUUACUUGCAGCUCUUGGUGGUGGUAUGAUUUUUUAUCUAUUGGAUGAGCUCGUUUGAAAAAAUUUCUAGCUGGUGGUUUUCUGUUAUUAAGCAUCGUUGUGAAAUAUAAACCCCACAAAUGAAAUGAAUUAAUGACUAUUUUGCUCUCAAUGUAAUUGUAUUUUUACGAUUGUGACAUCUACAAUUUUCUAUAAAUAAGAAUUCCACAUAUAAUGAAAAUAUA